AGCUCGAUGUUCAGUUUACAAACAGAACAGCUGUGACGGCGUAGCUAACCGAAUCCGAUUUUAGUUUGACAGUUGUGACAGCAAAACUACGUCGAAAGAAAUAUCCAUAAUUAAUUCUCGGUACAUUUAUGCCGGAAAUGUUUAUAGUAACGGCAACAGGUCUUUGUUUAUAUGUUUAUGUGACCUGAUAUCUCAGUGUGCCACAGACGUUGGACAAAACUUAUUCAUAUCUGCAUUGGGGCAUCAAGCAUUGGAGGACAGACAUUGCAAACAUUCUCAAUUGAUGGAUCUUGUAAAAGCUGCAAGGCAUAGCCCACCUCAAGAUGAUGUCGGUAGGCUUGAUACUGUGAGUCUGUUAGGAACAACAACAUUACAGGCACCGGAGAAAACCAACUACUACUGGAGUGUUUGUGGCUUGAGUGCCUGUUCCGAGGCCACAGAAGAUCUUAGAUCACCCAUUUUUUCUCAUCCAAAUUCAAGUAAAUGGUGUGUAGAACUGGAAAAUGAUGUUGGCACGCCAAGGAUGUGCUUCCGUCUUGUGGCCAGCGCCGGUUCGCAGCCUGUGGGGGUAUCCCUCAGUGCUUCCGUUUCAAGUCAUGAAGGUACGGAAUGCCAGGUAUAUCGGCUGAAGUUCUGCACUCUCCAAAUAGGCGAGAGAUCUCCUCUGCAGUGCAUUGUGGAUGUAUUCAAUGGGGAGGACUGGCUUUUUGAAUUUGAAGUGGAGAUCGUGGAAGUUGUAUCAGAGAGCAUCAGUCCUCCGACCUGGGAAGUUGCAGGUGGUCUGAAAUUGGAUCUGAAGCGGUUGUGGGACUCAAAAAAGUACACAGAUUUCACACUGUGUGCUGGAGGUGUCCAGCUGGAAGCACACAGGGCAAUUCUGAGUGCGCGCAGUCCAGUCUUUGCAGCCAUGCUCCGUCACGAUACGAAGGAGGCUCGAGAAGGCCGUGUGGAGAUCACGGACGUGGACCCAGAAGUCGUGUUGGAGGUCUUGCGCUAUGUCUACACUGACAGUGUGCUGUUACCAAGUGAUAUAACGGAGAAGCUCUUGGUGGCAUUCGACAAGUACGGGCUCCCGUACGCAAAGUCGGAGUGCGAAUCGGAGCUGGCGAGGAAGCUGACAAUAGACAGUGCUGCCGUAACUGCUGCGUGUGCAAUUCUCACCUCGUCUUUCUACCUACAGGAGGUGUGCCUGGCUUUCAUUAAGACCCAUCUUGAAAAGGUGGUGGGGACCAUAGGCUGGGCAGACAUAAUUGACCAGUGCCCUGUGGCCGCAAAGAUGAUCAGCAAGCUGAUCUCCGGAGGAUCAGAGAGGUAUCACUCUCCACCUGCUACAUCUGGUUCAUAUUCGGAUGCUACACCAGGAAAUUCUUCAGCCUCAGAAUGUGUGCCAGAGCACAGCAUUUCCACGACUUGUGAGGGCAUUUCGGACACUGUGUGCGAUUCGGGCCACACGUGCUGUGAAAGAAAGAAAGUGAUCUACGGAUGGACAGUUUCAGGGUUGAAUUACUGGCCCGAGGGCAGGGAGUUUGUCGCAUCACCUCAUUUCUGCCAUCCCGAGUCAGUUCACUGGGAGCUAAGGCUCUACAAACUUCGUGAAUGGGCAUAUGAAGUACGCUUCCACCUGUUGAAAAGUGAAGGAGGUCGUAGCAUAAAAGUAGAUCUGAGUGUUAAGGAAAAAGUACGAAUGAAUUGCACUCAAAAAACAGAUUGUGUGAUUGAUGAAGGGUCAGAGUCACAGCAUUGUUUCCCGUGCAAAUUUUUCCUUCAGAAUACAGAAGGGGUGAGGCUCGAAUGUGAAAUCAGUACGGUGUGCCUUGUGCAGCACUGGGUAGGAGCAAUUAAGCCAGUGCGGCAGUCGAGUUUCGAACAGGAUCUACAGUCAUUGCGACUGUCGGGAAAUUUUGUAGACUUCAUAUUGUGUGCAGGAACUGUCGAGAUGGGAGCACACAGAGCAAUACUGGCUGCUCGUAGCCCCGUCUUUGCCCGUAUGCUGCAGCCGGGCUCGGAGGUGUCGAAGAAGGGACGACUGGAGUUUCCGGAUAUGAAACCUCAAAUUUUAGAAAAGGUUCUGUAUUACAUGUACUCGGCUGAAGCAAAUAAUCUUUAUUGGGAUGCCUCAGUGGAACUUCUAGUGGCGUUUCACAGAUUUGAACUGUUCUUCCUGUGUACCGAGUGUGAGUAUUGGGUGAUCUGGAAACUCAGUCGGGACCGUUCUGUCGCUGUCGCUGUCACUGCAACUGCAGCUGUCUUUGCAUUGGAGAAUGAGCGGGAUUUUUUGCUGGAGUGGACUGUGGACUUCAUCGAAUCAAAUUUAGAAGUAGUGAAGGGCACCCGCGAGUGGAGUGAGGCAACUGAGAGGCACCGGGAAGCCGUGGAGAGAAUCUGCCAACUGGUAGAAGAACGACAAAGAAAGAAGAACAAGAAGAGGAAGUGGGAUGAAAAUUACUGAACUGAUCCUUCAGACAUAGAUGACAAUUCAGACCAAGAUACUCGUGUGGGGAUACCUUCCAGUACAUAUAUGCCUGCAAAGUGAUGGAGCUUAGAGAUCAACGAAACAGCAUUGUGUGAUGGUGACACUGUGCAAACUAAAGUGAUUGUGGGAGAAAAUGGAAACAUUUGGCACACAAGGCACCCCAGAUGAGGUAUCUUAGUGUGCCUGUCAGAAGUCAGUGUGAGUAUACAGAGUCUUGGGUAUACUGGUUUCACUGCUGUGCAUUCGUGAUAUUAUGGGGCAGCAGGAUGUCGAAGUGGACAUAUUUAGGAUAUAAUGCAGUUUUUAUAGACCACAGAAAACAUAUUUGCACAUUAUUCUGUACAUUAAUACAUGCUUUUUUUUAAUCUGGUAAGUCAAUGUAAGACAAACUCCUCAGUGGAGCAUAUCUGUCAAUUCUUAAUUGUAAAUCAAUAAUUUAAUGUCCACCCUGAUCCAUAUUACCCAUUUUUUAUAAAAUAUUUUGUUUACCAUUCUUCCAUUUUUAAUUAACUUCCCCUUCAUUUGUGAUCCUGUAGUUUUCCAUCCAUAAUAUUUUUACUUUGCAUUUAGUACUCACAAAAAAGGUUAAAAGUUACUUUUAGUCUCUGAUGUAUUCUUAGAUUAUCAUUUUUAAUUUUCAUAAUUUUUGCUUUCACCUCAGUUAAGAAAUGGGUAAGUUCAAUUGGGUUUGUUAUUUUCAAAAUUUACAGUUUGUAAUCUGUCAGCAAAUGCUUUAUUAAGCAGAUAAUCAUUAAGUACUUCUCUGGUUUCUUUUAAAUCAGAGCCAUUUUUUAAAAAUGGAAAUAUUUUUUUAGUGAUUCAUCUUGUUUAGUUUCGAAAAUUCCAUCAUUAAAACAAGGUAACUGUUUCCAAAGCGUUCCACCUUGAUGUCUAUUAAUAAAUGUAAUUAGCUCAGAUUCUUUUAAUUUACUAACCUCUUAAAUUAUAUCUUUUACAAUCAUCACGAAGUUGAACAACUGUAAGAUUCUCCAUUUUAGUCCCCUAUUUAUUAAAAAUCAAAAUUUAUUGGAUUUCUAAAAGGUUAAGAUUUCAAAAUUCAACUGGAUAGAAUUCUUGCUUAGUAGGUACUUAAAAAUUAGGUAUUUAAAAAUUAAGUAUGGGAUGAUUUUCUUUCUUAUUCCUCAUAUGUUCUAAAACACAUUUGUUACAUGUAUUAUUAUGGUUAUCUUUAUGUGAUGGAUAAAGUUAAAAACAAUCAAAACUUAUCAUCUCCUGACAAACUUCUUUGUAGAUAUAUCAGAUUAUUGUUUUGCAUCAUUAUUCAUCUAUAAUUAUAUUUUCAAAUGUUCUUCACUAGGAAUUCAUUAUAAAUGAUUUUUAUAAUAAUAUUUAGAAAUAUUUUUUUCCACAGACACAAGGAACUCGUUUUUGAUUGUACGUUUUUACAUGAUAUUCAUUUAAAUAUUGUCUACACAUUGUUCUGUACUACCUUUUGUGUAUUUUUGUGAUGUAAAAGUUAUCAGUUGACUUCUCAGUUUAACAAUAUUUAGACAGUUUGGAUUUAAGAGCUUCCAUUUAUAUAAA